GUGGAAUAGCUCUGUCUUGCAGGCCCUGCGGAAGGAAGUUAAAUCCUGCAUUGUGAUUGAAUUCCCUUUUCUACAAAUAGAGGCCACCAUGGACCAAUAUAGCAUCCUAGGCCGCAUUGGAGAAGGAGCCCAUGGGAUCGUUUUCAAAGCUAAGAACAUAGAAACAGGUGAGACUGUUGCCCUGAAGAAGGUGGCUCUCCGCAAGUUAGAGGAUGGGAUCCCCAAUCAAGCACUUCGGGAGAUCAAAGCCCUGCAGGAGAUUGAGGAAAAUCAACACGUGGUGAAGCUGAAGGAUUUCUUCCCCCACGGCACAGGCUUUGUGCUCGUCUUCGAAUACAUGCUGUCCGACUUGUCGGAGGUCAUCCGCAACUCUGAGCAGCCGCUCACUGAGGCCCAAGUCAAAGGCUACAUGCUGAUGCUGCUCAAAGGGGUGGACUUCUGCCACGCCAACUCCAUCAUGCAUCGGGAUCUGAAACCGGCCAAUUUGCUGAUCAGCUCCACGGGCCAGCUGAAAAUUGCUGAUUUUGGCCUGGCCAGGGUGUUCACCAGCGAUGGAGAGAGGCUGUAUAGCCACCAAGUGGCCACCAGGUGGUACCGGGCUCCUGAACUCCUGUACGGUGCUCGGAAAUAUGAUGAAGGUGUGGAUCUCUGGGCUGUGGGUUGCAUCUUUGCUGAACUUCUCAACAACUCCCCACUUUUCCCCGGAGAAAAUGAUAUUGAGCAGCUGUGCUGUGUCCUCCGAGUCCUUGGGACCCCCAACCAGAAGAUCUGGCCGGAGAUCACAGAGUUGCCCGACUACAACAAGAUUUCCUUCAAAGAGAAGCUGCCAAUUCCUCUGGAGCAGGUGGUGCCUGACGCUUCCCCACAAGCCGUGCAGCUCCUGAAACAGUUCCUGGUCUAUCCUUCCAAGCAGCGUGUUCAGGCAGCACAGGAUUAUGUCUUGUCUCUACACGGGAUGCAAGUGGAUUGUUGCUGGUGCGAAAGAUGCAAAAUCACCCCCUCUAAGAGAACACAGAACCUAUGAAACUACAUUAUACUGAGUCAGUGUUAUCCCUACACUGUCUUGCAGUAUCAGCAGCUCUCCAGAGGUCCAGUUAUGAGUCUUUCCCGCAGCUGCCAAGGGUUGAACCCGGGACCUUCUGCAUGCAAAGCUCACUGAGCUACGGCCCUUCCUCCAAGAUGCAUGUUGUGCCUCUGUGCAAGUCCAUCCUCUGAGCUGGCUUCCUUCUAAUUAGAACAGUGACUCACAUGGAAACACAAGUGUAGACUCCUUGGCAGGUGUAAUUCUCUUACCCUGGAAGAAUGGAAAUCCAGAGAAGGGGAGGAGUUUAUUUGGCUAUCGGAGCUUUGGGAAACCCUGAUUGACAGCAGUCAGAAGUAGACGCAACAAAGAUUUUGAAGAGACAGAAAAAGUCUUUUGAAAGAAAAUUAUAUGAAAAUGAUGUAUAGAUGGUAUAUUACACCAGUACAGAUAGCAAAAAUGUACAAAACCGGGUCAAAUACAUGUUGGAAAUGCAGAGAAAAAGAAGGAACUUUUUAUCAUAUGUGGUGGGAAUGUAGAGAAGUUAAAAAAAAGGGGGAAAUGAUAUAUAAUGAAUUGAAAAAAAUGUUUAAAAUGACAUUUGUAAAAAAAAUCAAAAGCAUUUUUGUUAGGGAUUGUAGGACAAGACUCACCAAGAAAAAAAGAGAACCUAUUUAUGUAUGCUACAACAGCGGCAAGAGUCUUGAUCGCACAAGGAUGGAAGAACGAGGAAAUCCCAACGAAAGAACAGUGGCAAGAAAAAUUGAUGAGUUAUGCCGAGUUGGCUAAACUGACAUACAAACUGCAGGACAAGGACAACUGUGACUUUAAGGAAGAAUGGGAGCUUUUUACAAAUUAUCUAAAAAGACAACAAAAUGAACUGGACUCCUUAUAAUAAUUUAUAA